AUGGAUGACAUAUCCGAAGGAUCGGAGGAUGAUGAAGUUGAUGUUGCCUCCGCGGACAAAGAUGACUUUACUUCGGGGCCAAGUACUUCAGAUGAUGUGUUAGAGGACGAGUACAGGUCUGAGCCUAGUACCGAGGACAAAAGUGAUUGUUGUGAGGGAGGGUUUCCAGACGCAAUAGGAGUCAUAGCUGAUGGGUCAUUGAGAAUGGAGUACAAUGACGUCGAAUUGAGGCAACUGAAGGCUGUCCAUGUGGAGGUACCCUUAGUACCAAAUUUCAUGGACAUUAGUAUGGUUGACCAGGCAGUAUGUGACACCGAUUUGACAUUGGUGGCCGAUGAGGUACCAGAUAGUGAGGAGGUGGAGAUUAAGAAGGGAAUGGUAUUUGAUACGUUGGAGCAUCUGAAGUAUUUUCUGAUGGAUUAUGCCAUUCGGUUUCACAAGCCGUAUUAUGUGUCCCACUCCGACAAGAACAAGAGGAAUAUGGUCCUUUGCAAGAAUGGAUGUCAAUGGGGUCUAUGGGCUCGGAGGCAGAGAAAUGAAAAGUGGAAGAUUUGCAAUGUGAGGCAACCUCACACGUGUCGAUCUUCGAAGCUGAAGGGUGUGCACACCCAAAACAUAGCCCGUUACCUUGGUCGUCGUCUCAUUAUUUUAAAAAUUCAGCUGUCGACCAGUCACUCGAGGAAAGUCCUCUAA